AUGAUUCCCGACGGCUCUAGCUGCCCUGAGGACAGCAACUCGACCGACUGUCUCCUGCGGACUUUGCUCCAGUUUCUGAACGAGCAGCACCGGGAGGAACAUGCCCAAACUAACUGGGAUCCGAUUACUUUCUGGUUCACAGUCCCCGUCGGUGUUCUUGCUACUGUAUUCGCCGUUACCAUGAUUCUGCAAGCUGUUUUUGCGGCUGCGAAAGGACGGCGGAAGACCAAUGAACGAGCUAUUGGGAGGUGGUCUCGGAAGACCAAGAAGGGAUGGAGUUGGUCGGAAAUGGGGUUCGAAGUAACAGCACGGACUCCGAUAUUGCGAACAGGAACUCUGCUAGAGUACGUCAUCGCCCGACAAUCGAUCUUUGAGGGCGUGGAUCCUGACAGUAGGACGUUAGACGAUAGCGUGGACACGAUGACUAAAGGCGAAACAGCUGAGGCUGACGCCUAUGCACAGACUCCACUAGGCUCAGGAAAUCAACGAUGGAGUUCCUAUAGCGAUCUGACUUAUUCAAGUACACGAGCCAGGAGUUGGUUCCGUUCUGUCUCCGAAGACACCUCUGCGGCUGCUUGGAUUGGCCUCUUCGCGGAAAUUGGCCUGGACCGGGUAGAGCUGAACCUGGUUGACAUGGGCAACGGCCUCCGUUCAGUCACGGCUGAUUACCUCCCAGAUGAUAUUGUGGCAGCGCCAGCGUACGCGGAGCUGGGAAUCAUUGUAUCGCUCCUCGCGAUCACAGGGGUCAGCUUUGGAGCCGUGGACGGAACUUCAAGAUAUCCCACCAUUGUGGGCCGAGGAUUUCAGUUCGACUUCCGUCAACACCCCAUACUCGGCGUCGUUGGCGCCUAUUCACGACACGAAAGGAAGGAUAAGAGAACAGCGACUCCAGAUCUCAAGGCUAUUCGCAUGGCAUUGCUGAACGGAAACGGAAUUAUAUACACAGCAGGCGGACUCCUGCUAGCUCGGGAUGAGUCUGAGUAUGGACCCAUUUACACCACUGUCCAUGGAUCGCAAGUACGAUAUGGUCUAAACUUACUUCGACCAUCGCGUUUCGAACGCAAGAUCAUUUCAACUCACAUGCAAAAAUUUUCGAAUAGGCAUUUCGACAAACUGGACUCCUUUCCACCAGGUCAAAAUGUCAUCCCAAGCGGCAAAUUGCCAGUCGUCAGUCUCUUUCUAGCUGGCACACCGGACCACCCUCCGGCCAUAUUCCCCAACUCCACCCUGGGAAGGGACCAUGAUUUAACAGCUCUUGCACUCAAUGGAAGUUACUGGCCAAAGGUACUACUGAGUGAGACGAAAGAAUUGAAACUCUCACAGUGGCUCCUUUCCAGUGAUCCCCCAUCAUGGAGCCACUUCGUUUGGUUCAAUUUCAGCAUUCCCGAUAGAACAACUGCGGACAGCCCCGAGGAGCUCGCCAAAAUUGCACGGGUAGUACAAUGGGCUUUUGAUGACAAGAAGCUACGUGUCAAAGAAGCAAGAAACCCCGAGUAUCGCAAGGCCGAACAAAUUACCAAGAACAAGCACAAAGCAGAGGAAGUGGCAAAAAUGACAGCAAAAUUGGCUCAAGGAAGAAAUCAACGACAGGCUAUGCUUAAGGCACAAAGAGCUGCCGAAGAAACAGCUUUGGCUGAGAAGAUCAAAGCUGAAGCCUCCGCAGCACUACAAGCUGCUGACUUGGAGUCCAAAGAACCCAUCAAAGGCUAUCUUUUGGUUCUUCAAUUACGUCUCAAGUUACUUCACAGCCCGCAAAAGCUUAGACAGUGGUUCUUUAAGUUCCCACUUGGAUUACAGAAGGCUUUGCGAUGGAUAGUCCUUCAACAAAUGAAGGACGUCGACAAAUGGCUUCAAGACAGUGGAAGGGAUGAUGUCGAGUUCCGCGCUGUGGUAAUUGUGGCCCUGGCACCAAUUCCAGCUGGUGUCACUUUGAUGGGCAUGGCUCUGGCCAAGUCACGACGAACACUGCAGACCAGCCUCAUUGCAGACAUGACACGGCUCGUUGUAGGCAUUCGAAGACCCUACAAUCACUUACAAACCUAG